AUGUGCACGGGACAGAAGAAAAAGGUUGUUUUAGGAAACGGUAAGAACGCUUGUGUUUCUUGUGUUAUCGAAUUGUUGACAAUAACUAAAGGCAAGGAUCCGAGCAGAAGUACGGAUAACGACAAAAUAGUAGAAGCAGAACGUCAUAAGAAGAUUGGCAAUGAUUUAUUCAAACAGAAACGUCCCGUUGAUGCAUUCCACCGUUUCAACAAAGCUAUAAGAUUGGUGAUAUUUUUACACGAUCCACAGGCUUUGUUGAAAGAUUGGAAUUUGCUGUACACAAGUUUAUGUAACAAUAUGGCAGCUUGUCAAUUGGAGUUUAAUAAUUACGAGUACGCCAAACAGCUGUUGGACAAAGUAUUAGCCACGGACAAAGAAAACAUUAAGGCACUGAUGCGCAGGUGUCGAGCAUCAGCCGAGUUAAAAAUGUACGAUAGAACUUUGGCAGAUGCCAAGUCGGUGUUAGCAGUCGAGCCCAACAAUGCUGUUGGUAAAAAAUAUGAAGAAAUUGCAGUCGAAGCAUUGAGAUUGCAAAAUGUUAACUACAAAAAUAUGGUGAAAAAAAUGUUUAUUUAA